AUGAAAGAUUUCAGUCAACAGGUUGAUCUGCUCAAAGAAGAUUUGUUCGACGACAAACCGCAGAAUUUGCCUACAGAUAAAAGCUUAAACAAUGCAGAUAGCUUUAUUAAUCAACAAGAGAAAGAUGAUUAUUUAUUUCAUAUUAAAAAAAUUCCCAUCGAGUCAGCAAUCUGGAUGACAAGAGAGACCAUUAAUAGUCGUAUCCUGGACAUUUUCUGCUGCGGUGGGGAUUUGACUUAUCACACUGCCCUUAUUGUAUGGCCCUUCAAAUAUGACUAUGUGAGCGGAAGCUGCCAGUUAACCCUUCUAAGCAAAUCAGCCAAUCGACCGAAUUUUGAAAAAUUUGAACACGAACUCAUCAAAUUGGACGAUCUACCAACUGAUAAUGCUGAAGAGCUGAAUGAGGUUUAA